UUUCCAUUUGGACUGCCUAGUUAUCCAGCCCAUCUAAAACCAUCUCUACAUGUCGCUGUUUCUGCCUGCAGUUUUACAGAGACCCUUAAAUCUGAUCAAGUAAAAAUAAUAACAGCUUUUGGAGAGGAUAAACUCACUGAUCCUGGAGAUAAAGAAGAACCAAAGACGUUUUCUGUGUACUAUGACUAGUCAAGAAGAAACGCAGACAGACCUUCACCACUGCUUAAAGUGUGGAAAGAGUUUUAGUCAAGAGAAGGAUCUCACAGCACACCAGCUCAUCCACAGACAAGACAAACCACAUCAGUGCUCACAGUGUGGAAAGAGUUUCACUUAUAAAUAUUAUCUACAGCAACAUCAUCGCGUUCAUACAGGAGAGAAGCCGUAUCAGUGCUCGGAGUGUGGGAGAAAUUUUACCUAUCUAAGUAGUUUAUAUCAACAUCUCCCAAUUCAUGCAGAUAAGAAACCAUUUAUCUGCUCACAGUGUGGGAAAGGAUUUACUCAGCAAUGUAAUCUCAAAACACACCAGCGCAUCCAUACAGGAGAGAAGCCGUAUCAGUGCUCACAGUGUGGAAAGAGUUUUGCAAACAUGAGUCAUUUAAAAGUACACCAAAGAAUUCACACAGAAGAGACGCCGUAUCAGUGCUCACAGUGUGGAAGAGGUUUUAAGCUAGAACGUUUUCUCCAACACCAUCAGCGCAUUCACACUGGAGACAAACCAUAUCAGUGUUCACAGUGUGGGAAGAGUUUUAAUCACAAGAGUUCUCUCCAGAGUCACCAGCACAUUCACAUUGGACAGAAGCCGUAUUACUGCUCAGAGUGCGGCAAGAAUUUUACCCAGAUAAGUGCUCUCAAGGUACAUCAAUGUAUUCACACAGGAGAAAGACCAUAUCACUGCUUAGAGUGUGGAAAGUGUUUUACUCGCACAAGUGCUCUCGAAGAACACCAGCGUAUUCACACUGGACAAAAGCCAUAUCGCUGCUUAGAGUGUGGAAAAUGUUUUACCCGAUCAAGUCAUCUUAAAAGACACCAAGCAUUUCACACAGGAGAAAGACAGUAUCAGUGCUUGGAGUGUGGAAAGAGUUUUACUCAUACUAGCGCUCUCAAAGAACACCAGCGUAUUCACACUGGACAAAAGCCAUAUCGCUGCUCAGAGUGUGGAAAAUGUUUUACUCAAUCAGGUAGUCUUAAAAGACACCAAUCUGUUCACAUAAAGAGAAGCAAACAACAGAGACCCAGUGAAUCACCUUUGAAUUCUUUUUCUUCUUAAUUCAUUAUAAAAAAUGGGCCAUCGCUCUACUUACAGUCUGCUGUCCAUUUACUUCUGAGCUUGUGGAAAGGGAGGGACUAAUUAUUAAACUAUUAAUGCAAUGCUUUAUAAGGCCUUAAAUUAAAGCUAAAAGCAACACUUUUGUCAUAUCUUGUUCAUUUUUAAAUCCACUGUGGUGAUGUAGAGGCACAACAAUGAAACACAUGAUUAUUUAUGGACCUGACUGUGUACUUGGCAGUUAAUAUCACUGAAUAUCAUGUAGGAAAAAUAUCCUGUAGCACAAGCCUAGUACAAACUGCUGGCCUUGAUUUUCAGUUUUUGGAUUAAGGACCUUCACAACAGAGAUUUAUUGGAAAUUUCAUUACCAUUGUUUAUAAUAACAUCCUCACUGUGCUACAUUUAGUUUUCACAGGACAAAUGUAAACACUAUAAUUGUCUUAGAUGGGGGUGUUAUUAUUUAAAAUUCUGUUAUGGGCACUUUAUAGACUCUACUGUAAAAUAAUAAUGUGUCAAAUUUAAUUGUGCAAU